UAACCUUCCAAACUCAUAUUUCCUCAAACAACAACUUCCCUUAUUGACUGACUAUUCACUCACAUAAAGCCACAAGAUUGAAACUUUCUUCAUUAAUCUUUUGAUGGAAACAAUGAAUCAACAGAAAACACAAAUCUUGCAAGAUGAUCAUCAUCAAAACACAUGGGGUUUCAUUGCAAAAUCAAAUCAAGAAUCCAUUGAAGAAACUUCAACAAUAUCAAAUGGAUCAUCAUCACUUUCUUCAUGUUCUUCAUUUGAUACACAAGAUGAUGCUUCAUCUUCUUCUUCUUCUUCACUUAAUUCAAAUGGCUCAUCUGUACUUGAUCUAUCAGACCUUAUGACACAACUACCAAUCAAAAGAGGGUUAUCAAAGUUCUAUCAUGGGAAAUCAGAAUCAUUUACAUCUCUUGCAAGGGUGAUGAGCAUAGAAGAUCUUCCCAAAAAAAUAAAGAAUCCACAAAGUAAAAUGAGGAAGAUGAACUCUCAUAGCAAGAUCAUUUCAAAGAAGUUUUCAUCUUCUUUUAAGCAAAGAAGCUUUGCUAGGUCAACUCUGGUCAACAAAACAACUGAUGGUAUUUAAAUUUUUUUGGGAAAUCUUGAUGGUUUAUUAGUAGUAAAAGCUUUUGCAAUUUUGGGAGAUAUGUUUAUAGCAGAGUUCAUAAGAUAAAGCUUAUAAGAGAUUAUAUUAUUAUAAUCAAAUGCCUGUAAAGAGAUUCAAUGUAUAUAUAUGUGUUAUGACACAUGGUUAGUUGUUUAGCA